GCUCAAAAAGACAAGUCUAAAGACUUAUCCGAAAUUGAUGCAUUGCGAGAACUAAAUUCAAAGCUCGCCGAGUGCACAAAGCUGAAGGAGGUAAUAAAACAAAGCACCAGGCGUGAAGCUGAGUAUGUGAAACUCACAAAAGAUACUACUAACCUCAAGGCCGAAAACGCUGAACUUAGAGCUAGAGUUGCGAAAUUAGAACAGUCAUCUAAUUUAACAUGUGAUAUAAAAACUGUUACAUUGGAAACGAAUCCAAAAGAUUCAACUGAGGCACAAGAUGCUAUUAUUGCGAAAAGUAAUGGACUUACACCUUUCUCUAAAAUAAAAAUUCCAUAUAAUCAAAAAGUAGAACAGGGCUUAAGAAGUGAGUUGUUUGAAUUUAUUAGGAGCAAUGAUCCCAUGACCUUACAAACUUCGUAUUCUACACCUGGCAAACAAAUUUCUGGUACAUUAUUUCACAAUAAAGAUAUGAUAUGUGAAAAUGAUUUAACUCCAG